AUGAACGCUCGUCCUCACAAGCAAUCCAUGUCCGAGCUCAAGCUCCGUAGGUUAACGGAACACAAUCAGAGGCUGAAGGAGGAUCUUGCUAGACCAAGAGUAAGGGUGAGCGAAGCUAGCGCGAGCUUGAUUCGAUACUGCAAGAUUACAAAAGACCAUCUGGUACCUUCCGUAUGGGGGCCAGUCGGAAAGGGUGAAGAUCCCUAUGCACCGCCAGCACAGGGCUGCAAUUGCAUGAUAAUGUGA